AUGAGUCGAUGGCUUUUUGGACCUGCUCUUCCAGCGAAUCCGCUGCGGGCAGUGGAUGAGCUCGCCGCAAUUGACGAGGUAACAGCACAAGCCGCUUGGGCUAUGAAUGAUGAAGUCAAGCGUGCAGAAAUAGAACUGGCUAAAGGAAACACGGCCUUUCACAAGCUCGGAUUAGGUGCAGCACUUUUCUGGCAAGGUCUUCUUGGCUUCGACAAACAGAUUAUGUCGAAAGCGACACAAGUCCUACUCGAAGCUGAACAGAGCGCAGACGAGCAUUACAACAUGGUAGUGCGAGAUCCAACAACUGGGCACCAGAGCAAAGUUUAUCCUCCGGGAUCGGAAUACUUGCUCGUGCAAGCGCAUGCCCAAUUACUUGGUGCCAUUCUCGGCAUCCUGAAGGAAAGCUGGACAGAAAGUCUCACAGGGUUGAACAAACUGCGGAAAGGCUACGCAAGCUUGGCAAUUCUACAUGAGGCAGAAAAGAAAUACCUCGCAGCAAACCCGCCAGCAGCUAGACCAAACGGAAGUGAUGAUGUGAACAAGCUGGAAACCGCAGACAAAGGAAUUGCUGCAGCCGAUGACAGUAAGAGCGUCAAGUCUUUUCGCAGCGUGAGGGGGACUGCAAAUCAAAGCCUAGCGAUUGCUCAAGGGACUUCGCACAUUGAUUUCCGAACUGUGACCUCAGAUCGUAUCGACCUUUUCGUACACGCAGGGAUGGCGACGGUCUUCGGGAUUGUCAAGAUCGCUUUGUCCAUUACUCCUCCGGCACUGAAGCAGAUGUUGGCGCUAUUUUCUUUCCAUGGCGAUCGUCAUGAAGGCCUGCAGCUCCUCUGGGACGGAACUGACUACAAGGAGAACAUUUUCGGUGCCAUUGCCGCACUGGUGACACUCAUGUACAAUCAUAUCGGCGUCGCGGUCACAGACAUUAUUCCCGAGGGCGCGGUUCCCGAGGCGAGGCUUCAAACAAUGCUGCAGGAGCUGCGCAAGCUCUACCCUGACUCUCAUCUGUGGUUGACGAUGACAGCCAGGGAGGCAGCUAUCGAAAGAGAUCUCGAACGCGCCGUUGAAAUCCUCGAGGUUGAAACAGCUUCGACUUUCACGGCCCUCGAAGGCAUGCGCCAACUAGAGCAAGCGCUGAACCUCAUGUUUCUACAUCGCUUCGAAGAGUGUGCGGCCACAUUCCUAAAAUGCACCGAGCUCAAUCAGUGGAGCCACGCCAUAUAUUUCUUCAACGCUGCAGCCUGCCACAUCGAGCUAUACCGCGAUCUCAAAGCCACGGACGCAGCCCAGGCGCAGAUCCACGCAGACAAAGCCGAAGAGAUCCUCAACCCAGUACCCGAAAUCGCACGGAAGAAAUUCAUGAUGGGCCGACAACUGCCCUUUGACGAAUUCAUCGCCGUCAAGAUCGAGAAAUGGCAAGCGCGAUCCGCAGCACGAGGCUGCCAUCUCGUUGACGCGAUUGGUGUCAGUCCGCUCGAGGAAAUGACAUACUUCUGGACCGGCUACCGUCGCAAGCAACCUCACCAACUGCAGGCCUCACUGGACCGUCUGGAAAAGGACGAGCAGCGUCCAGAGUGGACAGACGAAACGAUCGAUGAGCGCGCAGCUCAGGCGCUGCUGAAGGCUAUCGUGCUCCGCUGCCUGGGCAAAUACGACGAGGCCAAAACCAUGAUCCGGGAGCAGGUACUUUGCCACAAGGCCACGCAAAUCAAGGCGUGCGCGCACGCGACAGAGUAUCCGACAGCCGUAGGGCACUACGAGUUGGCAGUAUGUUUAUGGUUUGAGGGAGGCGCGCAAAAUGCGCCUUUGCCCGUCUUGCGCGAGGUCCGCGCAGAGAUUGAGAAGGCUUCCAAAGAGCGAUACCAGCUCGAGGAGCGGAUGACUUCCAAGCUUCUGGCUGCACGGACGACCCUGACGAAUCUAGGCGCAUAA